ACUGAAGGCAAACAUUCAUACCGCAAUCGCCACUAUAGCACCAGAGAUGCUUGAAAGAGUAAUGGAAAACACUGCAAAACUGGCACAUUUUGUUUUGGCCAAUAAAUGUGAUCACUUGAUAGAUGUUGUGUUCAAGAACCAGUCCCAAUAAAUUGUAAAGGACCAUAUUUAUUAAAAUACCUGAUAUAUACAAAUCAGUUAUUUCAUGUUUACAUACCGACAUAAAAGAUGGCGCACCCUGUAUCAGCCCCAACAGUGACUUUAUUCAAGUACUUAAAAAAUCAUAUGUGGCUUGAUUUGGCAAGUCAAAUAUGGAUAAUUAUCAGCAUGAAAACCACAUGAUAAUUUUCCUUAUUAUUACAUGAUAAAUCAUAUUGCUUCUUUUUUCCUUUGCAGAAGAAAUCUGGAAGUACUAGUAAAAGCAAAGAAAAGAGGUUACAGAGGAAGGAAGAACAGCUGCGGAUUGGAAAAGCUAUGGCUAUAGUUGCGGAAGCAAAUAAGCUAGUAGAUCCAUUGGAACCAUUCCCAGUAUUCAGAAAAUUCAAUAAAAAUGGAUUAAGUGUUGAACUGUUUGUGAACAGGUCUACAGAUAUAGAAAAUGAAGUUAAGCAAUGGGCUUUUGAGCUAACUAAGAAAAACAUGCAGUUGAAAUAUGAACAAUGUUCUUGGGGUUGGAAUGACAAAACAAAAGAGGAAGAACUAUUUGAUGAAGCAGCCUGGUACCUUGUUGCAAAAAAUGUAGAAGAUGGAAAAUUAUUAGGUUUCUCACAUUUCCGUUUUGACAUGGAUGAGGGUUUAGAAGUAUUGUAUUGCUAUGAACUACAGCUCGAUAGCUUAAUUCAAAGGAAAGGAUUAGGAAAGUUCAUGAUGCAAAUACUAGAACUAGUGGCAUUCAAAAACAAUAUGAAAAAAGUAAUAUUGACUGUACUUAAGAAUAACCAGUAUUCAAAUUUCUUCAAAAACAUAGGGUAUGUAGUUGAUGAAACUUCUCCUGAAGAUGACCCAGAAGAAGAUGAAUACUACCCUUAUGAGAUUCUUAGCAAAGUAAACAAAAGACUGAUGCCACCUACAAACACAAAACCUAGUCAUGAUGUACAUUGCUGUAGUGGACAUUCUCAUCAUCAUUAAAAUUGUUAGAUUGACAGAGUUGUAUUUAGAUACAUUGACUGGGAUUGUUCAACUUCAGUCUUUUUUUUCAGGAACAUGUUCAAAUUCAUUUAGGAAGCACACUGAUCUGAAAUCAGUCAUAUACCUUGUCAAAUUUUAGGCAUAUUUCUACUGUUUGGAGAUCUCAUUCAAAAGUUGUAAAAAUUUUAUUAACAGUUACUGGUGACUUUUCUUCUUAUAAAUAUAUAUAACUGACAAUUGCUUUUAUACUUAAACUAGCUGCAAAAUAGCCAGUAUCUAUUUUUCGUUGUUAUGUUAAAAAUAGGAUUCAUUCUUCCCUUACAUUUUAGGUGCUUCUAAACAGGCAAUAUUCAUACUUUUGACAUUUCCAACCUAUUUUCAUAUAUUGGCCAGUUGCCAAGUUAUUGUAACCCUGCUUAAUGUAGUAUAAUGUGAGUAAUGUAAGCUGCUGUGAUUGGUAAUUAUUUUGUCAGUCAUUCUUGCCUGAUUUUAUAGUCCUAACGAAAAAUUCUAACCAGGUAACUGUAUGUGCAUUGCAGACAAUAUUGCUAAGUUAUAGCUGAUAUACCUCAGACAUAUGGCUGGGUCACAAGGAUUGCCUGUUUGGAGGCUCCAUCAGAACUGAUUUUUGGCAAUACUUUAACAUUAAUUAUCAUAUAUGAAAGAAGAGUACCCUAAAAUCACAGAAAAAACCAUAGGAUGCAGUUAGUGUCUGUAGUUCAUAAAUUAAAUAAACUUUUAUCUUGAACAUCUAUGAUCUCAUGCAGUAAAUACCCCUAACAGAUUUUAAGACAAAUAAUAUUCUAAUGGUUAAUAUCUAUAAUGUCAAUUUUUAGAUAGAACAUAUAUUGAUAAGAUUAUUUUUGAAUUAGGUUUGAUGCAAUUCAUUUUUUUGCUGAAUUUGUCAGUAGCUUUUGAAAAUUGUAAUACAUAUCUGUUCAUAGAAUC